AUGUUGCUGCACCACCUCUUCGGUUGGUCGCUACUAGCCGUAGUUGCCUUGGCAGAAACCAACACAACGUCUGCGACAGAAGCAAAAACGAAGACUACAUCCUCGUUCACCACCAGUUCUACCACUGCCAUAGCUACUCACACAAUUAAAGUCGGUCCCAAGACGGCGCCGCACCGAUAUGUACCGCACAAUAUCACAGCGAACGUCGGAGAUAUUGUUGUCUUCGAGUUCUACCCAGCGAAUCAUUCUGUUGUCAAAGCAGACUAUCUUGCCCCUUGCGUGCCCGCUAGCGAGGGAUUGUUUUACUCCGGUGCCUUUAACACGUUUGACGAAGACAAUGGGAAUCUUGUUGGUUCAGUUCCGACUUGGUCAAUACGUAUCAAUGAUACCAAGCCGACAUUCUUUUACUGUACCGCUAUCGGCUCGUGCAUAGUAAAUGGUAUGGUAGGAGCCAUCAACCCAGAUUUGAACGAGACAUAUGAAGCACAAUUUCAGAAAGCACUCACGUAUCCCUAUAUGCUGGUUCCGGGACAGCCAACGCCAGCUGAAGGCAAUUCAGUUUCAAACACUACUAUAUCGAAAUCAUCUCCCAGUGCCAUAGGAAAUUUGCUCCAAGGCCGCCAAGGGCUGAGUGGUGGUGCAAUUGCCGGAAUUGUAAUUGCAUGUUUUGCCUUUGUGGUCAUUCUAAUGUUAUUUUUCUUCGUGAUGGGUCGUAAUCGAGUUUACAAACAGUGGAUGUCAUCACAAGAUGGACGUUCUGAGCGCACUGCUCAGUGGGCACUCUUCGGGUCUAACAGGCAGUCAUGGCAUCAUCGGCAUCACAGUGAGCUAACUGGUGAUACUCCAAAGCUCGGCACAGCAGAUUUUGCAUCUGUAUCUAGUCCUACUCAAAAGGGCUAUUCGUCAGCACCAAGUUCCAUAUCGCCACCUGUCCCUUUUACAUCCCAGAAAGGGCUUCCAUCCUGGCACUGGGAUAACCCACAACUUCGGGAUAUUCGCGGACCGACGGAGCUGGAGGCCCAUAGUGUUGUUUCAUUGGUGCCUCAGAAUAAAGAUCACGAAUGA